AAAACGAGAAACGCGUCUGAGAUCUCUUCCCUCUUUUCUUUCCCCCAAACCCUAGAAAGCCCAACGAGAAAACCAAGGGGUAAAAAAAAAAAAAUUCUCGAUUCGAUCGGCGAUGGGAUUCUGGGUGACGACUCUCAUCUUCACGCUCGCCGGCGUCGUCGCCUGCCUCUCCGCCCUCCUCUGCUGCAACCGCGGCUCUUCGACAAAUCUGUUCCAUAUGACAUUGUUAAUCACCGCGACAGUUUGUUGCUGGAUGAUGUGGGCAAUCGUAUAUCUUGCACAGAUGAAUCCUUUAAUUGUUCCAGUUCUCAGCGAAGAGUGAAAUGGUCCUCGGCGACAGAAAAAAAAAAUCAUACGCGUAUAUCUUGUAAUUUGAAUCUCCCACUGUUAUGCAGCAGGCAGAGUAUGUCCCAUGUUUCAGGUUGAAUCGGUCAUUUAUUGCUAUAAGAACCAGAUAAUUCUUUGUUCCUGUUCUGAACCGAGUGGAGAGUGCUGCCUCUUAUAUGUGAUAACCCCAUUAUUUCUCUUGAUUUUGGGGGACUUGGUAACUAUAUUUGCAGACGGUCGUAUCUCGUAUAACUAGAAUGUGAAUUCUUGAGCAUGAAUAAAAUUCCUCGUUAAAGAUGCUGCAGCAAAAA